CAGGAGAUCAGGGGGCCCUUCCUGAUUAUUAGGGGUCUGGCCCCGGUCUUACAUUAAUGUCAAUGCCUGCUGUUAAUAAACUUCUUAUUACAUGUAUAUUGGUUUUCUGGACGUAUUUUGCCAUGGAACCCCAGGUCAGAACACGGGAACUGACUGACUGGUCACUCUGUCUACAUAAUGGCCGAAAUGAAAUAAAUAUAAUUUUGAUUUGAUUGAUUCUUAUUUAACAUUAUUGUUUCCAGGGUUAUAAAUGUGACCAUGGAUGGAAAAAAAUACAGCGUCUCGGUACCAGAGGCAUUUGUAGCCAGGUUGAACUCAACAGAUCAAGAAGUGAAAAGGGAUGCUCAGCAAGAGCUUGUUCUGCUUAUGAGAAAUGCUGAUGCAAUUUCUGAUACAAAUCAAAACAGUUUGGAUAACAGCAAGGAAAUCGAAGAAAGCAGUGAAACAGAUCCUCCAUUGGCCAAGUCAUGGCGAGAAGAUGAAGCUAGGGCCCUGCUUCUCCAUCGCAUUAGCAUGGAUGGAGAAUUUAGGUCCAUGAAAACACACAAAAGCUUGUGGAAGCAGAUUUCCACAAUGCUUAAAGAACAAAAUAUUACUGCGACUCCAGAUCAAUGUGACAACAAGUUUAAGGCUAUGAAAAAAGACUACAAGUCUGCCAAAGACCACAACAAUAAGAGUGGUAAUGGAACGAAGACUUGCCGUUUUUUUGAGGAGUUUGAUCAGCUGUACGGCUGUAGAGCAGGAACUACCCCAGAGGCUACAUUGUGUAGUCUUUCUGUCGAUGACACCUCUACAAGUACACCAGAGGAAAAAGACGAGGAAAAGGCCAGCAGCAUCCUCAACAAGUGUCUUGGAGCAAAUUGAAAAAAGGCAAGAGGAAAGAAUGAAAGUAUUAAAGUCGAUGCAUGACGAUAAAGUCAAACUUUUGGAGAGAUUUUUGAAAGUACUUGAAAAGCCAGAUUUAUCAUAGAUUGUUCAAUUGGACCCAAGUGAUGGUGGGUUAUUCAAAUCGCCUGUCGUCCGUGGUCCAUCCAUCCCUAAAAUGAUGUUAACAAAAUUCCAAGGUCAAGGUCAUUGGGUUCACAGGUCAAUUAAACAAGGCAUCAUGUUAAUAAAGUUAAAGAUCACUGGAUCACAAGGGUCAGGGUCAUUUUAGUUCAAAGGUCAAGAAAAAAGUGGAUUCCUUCAUUAUGACCUUAACUCGUAGUGGGAGAGGUAUUUUAAGUCAAUAAAUAGAACAAAUUAAAGCAAAAGAAACAUUAUAUCAUAUUAAAUGUAUCAUAUAUAUUAUAAUACAUAGUUUGCCUCUUGGCAAUAGGUUUUUGAAAGUUAAAAUGUCACAUCUUUUAAAAUCAAAUGACUGGUUCCAUUAUCAGUUUAUGGGGAUCAUUGAGUGGUGAUGUGCUUUCAAACAUCGGUAAGUCUUCUUGUAUUUUUGGAGUCACUUGUCCAUUUUCUUUAGCUUUCUGCAAGUUUUAAUUUUCAGUAAUUAAAUAAGCAUGUGUUUAAUGGUAGCAUUUAAAGAUUUUCACAGGUUAAAGGUGAAGAAUUAUUGAUGGAUGCUGAUGUAGUGAAAGAUCUAUUCUAUUUACUAUGUAUUUCACUGCCUGGGAUAGGGAUUGACCUCUGGCUCUCUACUAAAUGAGCUAAAGAGAAGUUAUCUAACUGAACAGUGUAUUGCAUAUUACAGCUUGUAAAUUUUACCAGGGCUACACUAAAUUAUCAUGGGCUUGAAGUGAAUAUUUGAUUUGAUUCAUCAUUGUAAGAUUUUAAAUUGAUAUAUCAUGACCUUCAUUAGCUUAAUUACAAUACCUCAUGCCUCGCACCAGCUCAAGUAUUAUUGUUUUUGAAAAACAUUCCAUCUUUAAGAUUUAUUGUUGGAUCUGUCCUUGUCGCAGAGGAGGACAAGAUUUGGUGGGCAAAACUACUAAAUGAACUUGUAGGCCAAGUUACAUUUGGCCACAGUAUCAUAGACACCAUCCCUGCAAAAAUGCUGUGUUGUGACAGAAGUGCAUAUAGUUGGCAGUGCCCUACUGGCAUAACUAAAGAUGUGCUUAGCACCUUCUUCCAGUAAGCACAGGUAUGGGUGUCUGCAGACAAUAUUGGAUGUGUCCUUUAUGACCAGAUUGCAAUCUACUUUAAUACAAAUUUUAAUUUCCAUGUAUAUGUGUUAAAUGGACAUUCUAGUCAUUUGAAAGCCAUUAUGAUAUUAUUUACAUAAAGUACAAGGUAUGUGAUUUGUUUUAUUUUAUGGUGAGUUUUGAUGUUUUUGUUCAAUUCACAAAAGUAUUUGUUGCAUUUACUACACUUUUUAUGUAGUUUUUUUUUUACAUUUUAUUUUAUUCCUGGUGUACCUACAUUUUUAUUUAUCUCAUUG